CUCGACCGGAGAGCCGCCCAAGUGGGCAUCUUUUCAGAGAACGCAGAGCCGAGUGUAGAGAGCGAAGUGAAGCUGGAUAACGGGGGACCGAUGAUGUGGCUACCGUCACUUCUGCUGCUGCUGUUGCUGCUGAGGCCCUGGGCCCAGGGGAAGCCGUCCCCUGAUGCUGGCCCUCAUGGCCAGGGAAGGGUGCACCAGGCGGCUCCCCUGAGCGAGGCCCCUCAUGAUGACGCCCAUGGGAACUUCCAGUAUGACCAUGAGGCUUUCCUGGGAAGAGAAGUGGCCAAGGAAUUCGACCAUCUCAGCCCAGAGGAGAGCCAAGCCCGCUUGGGACGCAUCGUGGACCGCAUGGACCGCGCUGGCGACGGGGACGGCUGGGUGUCCCUGGCCGAGCUCCGAGCGUGGAUCGCGCACACGCAGCAGCGGCACAUACGGGACUCGGUGAGCGCGGCCUGGGACACGUACGACACGGACCGCGACGGGCGCGUGGGUUGGGAGGAGCUGCGCAACGCCACCUAUGGCCACUACGCGCCCGGGGAAGAAUUUCAUGACGUGGAGGAUGCAGAGACCUACAAGAAGAUGCUGGCUCGGGAUGAGCGGCGUUUCCGGGUUGCCGACCAGGACGGGGACUCAAUGGCCACUCGGGAGGAGCUGACGGCCUUCCUGCACCCGGAGGAGUUCCCUCACAUGCGGGAGAUUGUGAUUGCAGAAACCCUAGAGGACUUGGACAGGAAUAAAGAUGGCUACGUCCAAGUCGAGGAGUACAUUGCGGACCUGUACUCCGAGGAGCCGGGCGAGGAGGAGCCGGCCUGGGUGCAGACAGAGCGCGAGCAGUUCCGGGACUUCCGGGACCUGAACAAGGACGGGCGGCUGGACGGGAGUGAGGUGGGCCAUUGGGUGCUGCCCCCCGCCCAGGACCAGCCCCUGGUGGAAGCCAACCACCUGCUGCAUGAGAGCGACACGGACAAGGAUGGGCGUCUGAGCAAGGCCGAGAUUCUGAAUAACUGGAACAUGUUCGUGGGCAGCCAGGCCACCAACUACGGCGAGGACCUGACCCGUCACCAUGACGAGCUCUGAGCCCCACGUGCCCACUGCCACCUCGUGGCCCCCGGGGAAGACCCGCCUCCUCCCAGUGUCCAGCCGUGCGGGAUGCGGGCUUGGCCUGCUGCCCCUGCCCUGAGCUCUCAGGAACCGGAGCUCGCAGGAACCGGCCAGUUGGUUUCUCUCCUGAGAUGUCCAAGUCCCUCCCAGCUCUGACCCUGUCCUGGGCCCUUUCACAGAUCCCGAGGGCGAGUGACCACUCAUUUCUCACUGGCAGGACCAUCCAGCCCCACCCCAGUACUCCCAAACCUGGCCUCCAAGGGUCUCCAUGAACUGCCCAGCUCCGAAUCUGAGCCUCUCGCCACAUGGAUGAGAACACCCUCGCCUGGCACUGCCCCCAGGAUGCCUUCUCCCUGCCAGGAAGGCAAUAAAAUUCAGUGCCUGGGUCUGGUUUGUGUGUCUCUCUGAGGGGGGCAGUGGAAACCUCGGGGAGAUAUUAGGGGCAGUGACUGGGAGAGCAUGUUGGAAAGUGGGGUGGAGACAUUUGAAGAGGGGCCUCCGGAUGUUGCCAGGGCUCAAGGGCAAACCUGGGGACAAAAAAAAUGAAACAAACAGGGCUUUCCUGGUGGUGCAGGGAUUAAAGACACAGCGUUAUCAAGGUAUUGCCCACCACUUCACCAGAAGUUCAAUCCCCAGCCAGGGAGCUACCCACAGGGCGCAGCAGACCUCUCCUGUCUCCCCGCUGCUCCCCUCAGCAGUGCAUUUCAGUAGAUCCGCAUGAUCUGUUCCCCACUCUGUCUCUGGUGAAUCUUUUCACCCCCUGCACAUCUGGUUUAUACCCCAGUUCUAUACAA